GCCCGCGCGGGGUCUCCCCCAUGGUGCAGCGGGGUUCGGGAUGUCGAAGACGCUGAAGAAGAAGAAGCACUGGCUCAGCAAGGUGCAGGAGUGCGCGGUGUCCUGGGCAGGGCCCCCGGGCGACUUGGGCGCCGAGAUCCGGGGCGGCGCGGAGCGCGGUGAGUUCCCCUACCUGGGGCGGCUCCGCGACGAGCCCGGCGGGGGCACCUGCUGCGUCGUCUCGGGCAAGGCGCCCAGCCCGGGGGAUGUGCUGCUGGAGGUGAACGGGACGCCUGUCAGCGGGCUCACCAACCGGGACACCCUGGCUGUCAUCCGCCACUUCCGCGAGCCCAUCCGUCUCAAGACUGUGAAGCCAGGCAAAGUCAUUAAUAAAGAUUUGAGACAUUACCUGAGUCUUCAGUUUCAGAAAGGAUCAAUUGACCACAAACUGCAGCAAGUGAUCAGAGAUAAUCUCUACUUGAGAACCAUUCCAUGCACUACAAGGGCCCCCAGGGAUGGGGAAGUACCAGGGGUGGACUAUAAUUUCAUUUCUGUUGAACAGUUCAAAGCACUGGAAGAGAGUGGAGCAUUAUUAGAAAGUGGAACGUAUGAUGGAAACUUCUAUGGAACCCCCAAGCCUCCAGCAGAACCCAGCCCUUUCCAGCCAGAUCCGGUUGAUCAGGUCCUCUUUGAUAAUGAGUUUGACACAGAAUCCCAAAGAAAACGAACUACAUCUGUCAGCAAGAUGGAAAGAAUGGACAGUUCUCUUCCUGAAGAGGAAGAAGAUGAAGACAAGGAAGCUAUUAAUGGCAGUGGAAAUGCAGGAGAAAACAGAGAGAGGCAUUCUGAGUCAUCUGAUUGGAUGAAGACCAUCCCGAGUUACAACCAAACAAAUAGCUCCAUGGACUUUAGAAAUUAUAUGAUGAGAGAUGAGAAUCUGGAACCACUGCCCAAAAACUGGGAAAUGGCCUACACUGACACAGGGAUGAUCUACUUCAUUGACCACAAUACCAAGACAACCACCUGGUUGGAUCCUCGUCUUUGUAAGAAAGCCAAAGCACCUGAAGACUGUGAAGAUGGAGAACUUCCUUAUGGCUGGGAGAAAAUAGAGGACCCACAGUAUGGGACAUACUAUGUUGAUCAUCUUAACCAGAAAACCCAGUUUGAAAAUCCAGUGGAGGAAGCCAAAAGGAAAAAGCAGUUAGGACAGGCUGAUACUGGGUCUUCAAAACCAGAUGUGGAAAAAUCACACUUUACUCGAGAUCCAUCCCAGCUUAAAGGCAUCCUUGUUCGAGCAUCAUUGAAAAAAAGCACAAUGGGAUUUGGUUUUACCAUUAUUGGUGGAGAUAGGCCUGAUGAGUUCCUACAAGUAAAAAAUGUACUGAAAGAUGGUCCUGCAGCUCAGGAUGGGAAAAUUGCACCAGGUGAUGUUAUUGUAGACAUCAAUGGCAACUGUGUCCUUGGUCACACCCAUGCAGAUGUUGUCCAGAUGUUUCAAUUGGUACCUGUCAAUCAGUAUGUAAACCUCACUUUAUGUCGUGGUUAUCCACUUCCUGAUGACAAUGAAGAUCCUGUUGUGGACAUUGUUGCUGCUACUCCUGUCAUUAAUGGACAGUCAUUAACCAAGGGAGAGACUUGCAUGAAUACUCAGGAUUUUAAGUCAGGAGCAAUGGUUCUGGACCAGAAUGGAAAAUCAGGACACACCUUGAUCGGUGAUCGUCUCAAUGGACCAUCAGAUCUGAGUGAGCAGAGAGCAUCCAUGGCAUCAUCAGGCAGCUCCCAGCCUGAACUAGUGACUAUCCCUCUGAUUAAGGGCCCUAAAGGCUUUGGGUUUGCAAUUGCUGACAGCCCAACUGGACAGAAGGUGAAAAUGAUAUUGGAUAGUCAGUGGUGUCAAGGCCUACAGAAAGGGGAUAUAAUUAAGGAAAUUUACCAUCAAAAUGUGCAGAAUUUAACACAUCUCCAAGUGGUAGAGGUGCUAAAGCAGUUUCCAGUAGGUGCAGAUGUACCAUUGCUUAUCUUAAGAGGAGGUCCUCCUUCACCAACUAAAACUGCCAAAAUGAAAACAGAUAAAAAGGAAAAUUCAGGAAGUUUGGAGGCCAUAAAUGAGCCCAUUCCCCAGCCUAUGCCUUUUCCACCCAGCAUUAUUAGGUCAGGAUCCCCGAAAUUGGAUCCUUCAGAGGUCUACCUGAAAUCUAAGACUUUAUAUGAAGAUAAACCACCAAACACCAAAGAUUUGGAUGUUUUUCUUCGGAAACAGGAAUCAGGGUUUGGCUUCAGAGUGCUAGGAGGAGAUGGACCUGACCAAUCUAUAUAUAUUGGGGCCAUCAUUCCUCUGGGUGCAGCUGAGAAAGAUGGUCGGCUCCGGGCUGCUGAUGAACUGAUGUGCAUUGAUGGGAUUCCUGUUAAAGGAAAAUCACACAAACAAGUCUUAGACCUGAUGACGACUGCUGCUCGAAAUGGCCACGUGUUAUUAACUGUCAGAAGAAAGAUCUUCUAUGGUGAGAAACAACUUGAGGAUGACAGCUCUCAAGGCUUCAUUUCAACACAGAAUGGAUCUCCCCGCCUGAACCGAGCAGAAGUCCCCGCCAGGCCUGCUUCCCAGGAGGCCUAUGAUAUUGUCUUGCAAAGAAAAGAAAAUGAAGGAUUUGGCUUUGUGAUCCUCACCUCCAAAAACAAACCACCUCCAGGAGUUAUUCCUCAUAAAAUUGGCCGAGUCAUAGAAGGAAGUCCAGCUGAUCGCUGUGGAAAACUGAAAGUUGGAGAUCAUAUCUCUGCAGUGAAUGGGCAGUCCAUUAUUGAACUGUCCCAUGAUAACAUUGUUCAGCUGAUCAAAGAUGCCGGCAUCACUGUCACACUCACAGUCAUUGCUGAAGAAGAGCAUCAUGGUCCACCAUCAGGAACAAACUCAGCCAGGCAAAGCCCAGCCCUGCAGCACAGGCCCGUGGGACAGUCACAGGCCAACCACAUACCUGGGGACAGAAGUGCCCUAGAAAGUGAAAUUGGAAAAGACGUCUCCACUUCUUACAGACAUUCGUGGUCUGACCACAAGCACCUUGCACAGCCUGACACCGCGAUGAUUUCAGUUGUAGGCAGUCGGCACAACCAGAGCCUUGGUUGUUACCCAGUAGAGCUGGAGAGAGGUCCCCGGGGCUUUGGGUUCAGCCUCCGAGGGGGGAAGGAGUACAACAUGGGGCUCUUCAUUCUGCGUCUUGCUGAGGAGGGUCCUGCCAUCAAAGACGGCAGAAUUCACGUUGGUGACCAGAUUGUUGAAAUCAAUGGGGAACCUACACAAGGCAUCACACAUACUCGAGCAAUCGAGCUCAUCCAGGCCGGUGGAAAUAAAGUUCUUCUUCUUUUGAGGCCAGGAACUGGCUUGAUACCUGACCAUGGUUUGGCUCCUUCCGGUCUGUGCUCCUACGUGAAACCUGAGCAACAUUAAGGCUUUCAGGGCUUUUCUUGGUCUUUCCUUAAAAAGACUUGGUGAUUGGGAUAUGAAUAAUCCUUCAUCUUCAAAUGUGAUUUAUGAUGAACAGUCACCAUUUCCCCCAUCUUCACAUUCUGCUUCCAUGUGUGAAGAGUCUCAUGUGCCAGUAAUUGAAGAAUCUUUAAUGAGAGUUCAGAUAUGUGAAAAGGCCGAAGAAUUAAAGGACAUUGUGCAUGAUAAGAAAAGCACUUUAAAUGAAAAGCAGUCUGAUAUAAAGCAUCAGUCUCUUCUCCAGAAAAAUGUGAAUAAAAGGGAUCCACCCAACAGUCAUGGGCACAGUGACAAGAAAAAUCUCUUGAAAGUAGAAACUGGUGUUACACAAAGAGGUAGAUCUGCUAGUCCCCAAAAGUCAGCCAGUCGACAUUCAGAGGAACAUUUAGAAAAGAUACCCAGUCCUCUAAAAAAUGACCCCAAAAGAAGACCCCGAGAUCGAUCACUCAGCCCCAGGAAAGGGGAGAAUAAAAGUGGUCACGUGGGCCCCAGGGUAGAGUCUGGACAAGAUCACAGCCGACACAGCAGAGGACAGUCUUCAAGCCCAAAGCAGCAGCAAAAAACUGAGGGAAGCAAAGACCAACCCAAUGCUGAAGCCAAAUUACUCGAGUUGGAGAGUCGAAAAGCAGGGGGCCGUGCUAGUGACAGUGCUGAGCAGAUCUCGGGUGGGAAAGAAAACUGCGGUGUUAUCAGGAAAGAUAUGAAGCAGAGUCAGUCUGGAAAAAAUAGAACAAGGUCUCCAGAGAAAAAAAGCAAGAGAAUGGAUGAAAAGUCUCUUCCAUCCAAAAAGACUAAUAACGCUGCUAGUAUAGUAGUAUCUGAAAAUGAAAAAGGAAGGAGAGCAACCUUAGGAGAUACAAGUUCUAGUAAAGAUAAAAUAGGAGAAAGCGUCAAAAUAUCAGAAAAGCUGAAGCAGGAACCUGAAGAAAGAAUGGUUUUAAACAAAACAGAAGAUCACAAAGGAAAAGACCUUGAGGUAGCUGACAAAAACAGAGAAAGUGGAGGGUUCAAACCUGAAAGGGGUUCUCCAGCUAAGAAGACACCGAUAACUCCAGGGCCCUGGAGGGUGCCGAGUGCGCAUAAAGCCACAGGCAUGAGUGGUGUGGCCGAGAAACAGCUGUGACCUUUAGUACAAAACAAAGAAAACCAAGGUGUAAUCUUUACUUACUAAAAAGCAGCAUUUUUAAAAAAAAAAGUCAUUUUUUCAGAAAUUCUGAAACACACAUAAAUACAUUUUAAUUUGAGCAUCAAGUUAUCUAGGCUGCAUGAAGGGCCUUUAGGAUCGCUAAGAACCAACUGUCCCCUUGGCUGGCUGCCCUCCCUUGUGCUCAGGAAGGAACUGUAUCCAUGUGCUCAUCUGACACGCCCAGCCUCUCAUCUGACGUGUCCUGCUCAGGCGGCCCAGCUCGUCUUCAUGAGUGUCUGAACAAAUGACAUGUGUUGAUACUCACAAUGUGGUCACAACUCACUUUAUAUUUGUGCCAAGUUAUCUACUGUAUCAUGUCUGUUCUAUCCUUCUCACUCAGAUAUUUCCACAGUAAUGAAAAACUUAGGUUUGGCUUGGGAUUUGAUAUUCUCAAUAGCAUGUUGCAUGUUUACAGAGAGAAAUAUUUGAGUCCUUGCAGAAGAAGAGAUUGUUAACUUAGCAUUAAAGAUGGCAGUUGCCUCUUCUAACAGCUACUGAUCAUGUCCCAGUUUAAAAACUCAUCACUACUGUAAAGAAAAAAAAUGUAGUCAAAUAGUGACACUUUCUUAGGAUUUUUUAAUUUGGCUGGAUAAGGUAUUUCAAAUAACUGUUCAAGAUAUUACUUACAAUUGAAUAUUCAAAAUGAGAAAGUACUUUAAGCAAUUAAGAGUUCACCUCCUGCUGUGUUAUCCAACCCUGACGUAGUUAUGGCAUCUCAGAUCACCCUUUUAUUUCAGUUAUUUCAUUAUGAAUGAAACCACCAAGAAGCAUAUGGAAACAUUGCUUAUUGCUGUUCGAAGAAAAACCAUCAAAUUUCUGCUUCUGGAUAUUUUGGUUGUACCUACUACUAAGUCAUUAGUUGUUAAUACAUAAUACAUAUUUGAAGAGUCAAAAGAUCAUACAGAUUGUGGAGAGACUUAAUUAUAAAACCAGUUUCACAGUCCACUGCCAGAUAAAGUACCAACUCAUCUGGUAGCAGCUGUACAAGUUCGGGUCUUGAGAAGCAGAACCUGUGUGAGACCUGCUCAGCAAGUAAGGACAAACAUGGUGGUAGACAGCAUUUGCUAGAACUUAUUUAAUUUUAAAUUCUAGCUACAUUAACUUAUUUAAAAACAAGAAAGGGAGACUAAACCUCUGCUUAGCUUGUACACAUUUUCAGAGUUCUUUUUUGAAGUCUAAUUAAAGAUGUUGGUUGGAAGGUGGAGACAGUUUUUAACUCCAUAAAAUAGAUCCAGGUUUUUCAGUCCCCUGGAGCAGCAUUCAGUAGCAUCUAUAAAUAAAGGAACAUUCUCAGAAUAAAACCAUUUUAUGGAGUAUGCGAACACACUUGUUCUGUCACCCAGGGUUCAUCAUGUUAUUGUGAAACACGUUAUGUCCAGGUCCUUCCCUCUCAGAGUCUGACUGUGAAACUCUUUAAUAUAACAACUGACUCAGCCCCUGUAGAUACAAUGCUUCCCAGAGUGAGAUUUCUGAAAUCCCAUUUUCAUCCAGAAUUAUAUUCACCCACCUGUUGUAACUACUUGAAUAGAGCAAAAUUAGGAGGCUUGAUAAAUGCUAAGAAUUUAGUAUUACAGAAAUGAUUUAUUUUCCCUAUAGUCCACAAUUAGUGAUAAGAAUCCUGUUUUUAUUGUUAACUGUGACAUAACUUGGAUGUCAUAUGUUGUCAGUCUGAUGUGGCUCUUCCCUUUCUAAGUAACCUGUCACUGUACUGAUUAUAUACUGACUUAGCAAUGUGGCCUUGGAAUGCUAAGCAAAAUAUGGAUGUACUGGUUGUAAAUGUUUAUAUAUUGUACAGUACCUUUAUAUA